AGCACGUGGAGAAACGAGCCUAUGGUGGUAGCGGCCUAUACAUAUACCAAGCCCGUCUUACUAAUAGCAAUUCUGCGGCCGUCCAUCGCCCCACGGCCUCCUUGGCUUAGGAUCUAAUUGCCUCCAGCGGCGACCGCGGCCGGGACCCGGGACAACUCCACCGCCACCAGCCAUGGCGCUCGUCCUCCUCGCGCUGGGGCUCUCCGCCGGGGGCGCCGCCGCCGUUUUGUGCCCGUCGGCGAACCACGGCGGCGCCUUCAUCGGCAUGGCCUCGGACACGUCGAGCUACACCGUAACACCUGCGCAGGAUGGUCGCGACGACGUCGCGGUCCGGCGCGACACCAACAGUUAUUAUGUAUAGGUCAGCUUCAACCCUGCGCAGGUCUGGACGCUCGUCGACGAGGCGAAGCCGCCGCCCGGCGGCGCGGUCGUGCACUCCUUCACGGGCAAGUACCUCCAGGUGCUGCCGGACAACGGCGACAACUACAACGAGGUCCACUCGUACGAGUCGUUCGUCUGGACGGCGCUCGAGUUCCGCCUCAAGGUGCCGGCCGCGGACACGUACACGCUCUUCGUGCGCUGGUCCGGCGGCGACACGGGCGGCGCCGGCGACUCGAUGUACGCGACGAUGGCGAACGCCGACGGCAGUGUCGUGCGCGGCCGCGUGGAUAUCCACUUGUUUUGUGACUGCGUCGGCUCGAUGGCGUGGAGCUCACUGGUUGAUUUCCACUCAGGUCCGCGGCGUGCCCACGUGGCGCGACCAGAAGGUCGGCAUCGGCGACACCCCGGGCAUGUUCUCGGGCUGCUGCUACAGCAUGACGACGCAUGCGUGCCCGUGCUACACCGAAGACGCGGCGACCGCGGAGGCGGCCUGCACCGCCGACGAGGGCUACUGGCAAACGACGGCGGACGCCGUCGGCUUCGGCGCGACGUGCGUCGCCGGCGAGGGCAAAAUGGAGCAGCUCGCGCCGGAGUGGUACGAGUUCGCGGGCCAGGAGUACGGCAACGUCAUGGACUUCGCCUCGGAGCCGUGGGACGCGACCUGCGAGGCCCAGGGCACGGGAACGGCCGACUCGGGCCGCGACGAGGCGGUCUGGCAGCUCGCGGCGGGCAACUACGUGCUCAAGUUCUAUCCGCGCGAGGACGGGACCGCCCUGGACGCGAUCUACCUCGCCCCGUUCAACGCCCGGAACCCCGACAGUGUGGUCUUAGCGCCCGGCGAGUCCUCGAUCUGCGCCGACACGUCGUGGCCAGCCGGUGCGGCGUCUAAAUCGAACGACGACGACGACGCCGCCGACGGCCCCGGCCGGGCGGCGGUGGCUGUCGGCGUCGUGCUCGUGCUGCUCGUCGUCGCGCUCCUCGCGGGGCUCCUCUUUUUCACGCCCCGGGGCCGCGUGCUCCUCGAGCGCGCCCGCGGCCGCCGGGCCGAGGCCACGCCGCGGAGCUAUUUCGAGAUGGAGGGCGGGCCCGAGCCCGCCGGGGGGCUCACCGUCACCACGGAGAACAAAAUGCUCGCGUGAUCCGCCUCCCCCCUCCUUGGGCGGCCGCCUCCUGGGGAGGCAAUCGAAAUUAAUUUUUUAUCACUCGAA